GUUUGCACACAAUAUCAGUCAACGAGGUUCGCACAUAGUGGCCUCAUUGUCCCCCGCCCCGGCCGUGCAAUGCAUUGUGGGACUCGGGCCGACACCUAAAAGCGGAGCAGGUGAAUAAAAAAGGGGGUCGGAUUUCGUCCUGGGGUGGGGGGGGUCUCGCUCCUUCAAUCGCCUCACCGGAACGAACCGGGACUCCGCGAUGAGGAGGGAAAGCUGCCAGGUGUACUGCGUCUUCGGCCAUGGGCGCUCCAGCUCCUCCGGGCUGCCGAAGGAAGAAAGUGUCUCCAAUGAGCCCGUUCAGCUUCCGAGCACCCAGACAAAGACCGAAAAAGAUCAGGUCUCGCCUUCCGAAUGCGGUUGCCGCAGGAGAUGGGCGUUGGGACUGCUGUCCGUUUUAUGUGUCGUCACCAUCGCUUUCGCUGCCUACUACUUGACAUCAGCCCCAACCUCCUCCGUGUUCUUCCUGGGAUGCAGCGUGGAGCUUCCCAACUUGAGCUUCUCCACCGAGCUCGCCGACUGCUCCUCGCCGCAGUUCGGCCAGCAGGCGCGCUCUUUAACGCCUUACUUCUCAGAACUCUACAAGUCCUCCCCGUGGAACUCUUACUACCUGCGCUCAGGGAUUGCUGCUUUCAGUGAAGGCACACAAGGCCUCAGCGUGUUCUACUGGAGCCAGUUCUCCGCCCCGGACCACGUCGCCAUGGCGAUACGGCGGUCCAGCCCGGAGAGUCUGCAGCGCAGGCUGCCGGGCGGCAACACGGCUGUGUGGGAUGGCCGACGCGAGCAGCGCUACUACUUGGAGCAAGACGACGUCACACUACACCUCCUCGGUUUGGAUCCUGAUGAGUGGGAAGAAAAAUCCGACAAGCUUAAGAAUCCAAACAUUCUCCAAAGUGGGAAGUGGCAGUUUGGCUUUCAAGCGGUGUCCUUCGACCUGUAUGCUAAACUCGGCGUGAACCGCACCCUGGUUCUGGUGAGUCCCAAGAAGCUCUACUACCAGUGGCGCCUUCGCGUGCCUUCGGGUCACACCGUCCACCUGGUGGUCCUUGUGCUCCACGGCGGUGCCACAGCGCCGAGCUGCGGCGCUCACAAGAUGUCUGCCUACGACUUCCUGCUUCCUUUGCAGAAUAAGAUCAUCGCCAGGUGGUGCGGGCUCCCCCUGACGUCGGGCUCCUCGCCCGCCAUGAGGCUGACGUCCUCGGGGAACGUCAUGCUGCUCACCUUCUCCUUCAGCCGGCAGAGAGAGGGGGCUGUCUUCAAAGCCUACUUCCAGGCUGUCCCCAAAGCAGGUUGCGGGGGGUCACUGUCCUCUUGGAAUGGCUCUAUUUCCUCACCAUACCAUCCCUAUCACUACCCUCCCAAUAUAGACUGCAGGUGGACACUACGGGCACCGUUGCCCGGCUACCUGAUCUCCGUGACGAUGGUGAUGCUUGACAUCCAGCAGUCGUCUGACGGCUGCGAGAAAGACUGGCUGGACGUCGGUGGCGUCAAAUUGUGCAACCGGGUAUCGGAUGGCGGUAAAAAGCGGCUCUACUCGUCUCCGCUCUCCAUCCACUUCCACUCGGACGAAGCCGUGACUCACCGGGGCUUCCAUCUGCACUACCGGGCCUUCUCGCCACAGGGCUCCUGCCCGCCGCAUCAGUUCGGCUGCGACGACGACCGCUGCAUCCCUUUGAGGCGGGUGUGUGAUGGCGUGAGGGACUGCGAGGACGGACGUGACGAGGCCAGAUGCUUGUCGUGCAGCCCUGGCGAGGUGUUGUGCGCCUACGGCCAGUGUCAAGCUCAAAACAGCCAGUGUGGCAUCUGCGCAGAUAGUGGCGAAGACAGCGGCUGCAGAACUAAAUGUCACCAUACGUGUGCCAACAAAGUGUGCCUGCCCAAGUCUUCAGUGUGCGACGGCGUCGUGGACUGUCAAGAUCGCAGCGAUGAAAUGAACUGCACGAGAGCGUACGCCAAAGGUUGCUCGUCAUCCUCGUACAAAUGCGCCAACGGAAAGUGCGUGACAACGCUCAACCCCGAGUGUGACGGACUCAAAGACUGCCAGGACGGGUCUGAUGAGCUGCGUUGUGGUUGCGGCGUCCGCCCCCGAAAGAGGCCCAAGAUCGUAGGAGGCACCGACGCGUCUCCGGGCUCGUGGCCGUGGCAGGUGAGCCUCCAGAUGGAACGUUACGGCCACGUCUGCGGCGCCACCUUACUGGCCACACGUUGGCUCGUCUCGGCGGCGCACUGUUUCCAGGAUUCGGACGCCAUCAAGUAUUCAGAUCCACGCUCAUGGCGAGCCUACAUGGGCAUGCGCUUGAUGGCGGCAGGGAAAAGUGCCAUUGCCGCCGCCAGCAGGCCGGUACGCCGGAUUGUGCCACACCCCAACUACGAGCAGCUCACGUCCGAUUACGACAUCGCGCUGGUGGAGCUCGGCGCUCCCGUAUUCUUCAACGAGCUCGUGCAGCCCGUGUGUGUGCCCGCACCGUCACACGCAUUCGCCAUCGGGACCAGCUGCUUCGUCACCGGCUGGGGCGUCCUCACAGAGGACGGGGAGUUGGCGUCUCGCUUGCAGGAGGCACCGGUGCGCAUCAUCAACAGGAACACCUGCAACAAGCUCUACGACGAUGCCGUCACACCCAGAAUGCUUUGCGCAGGGAAUCUGCAGGGUGGGGUUGACGCCUGCCAGGGUGACUCUGGAGGUCCGCUGGUGUGUCAGGAGCUCGGACGGCGCUGGUUCUUGGCGGGCAUUGUGAGUUGGGGCGAGGGCUGCGCCAGGCAAAAUCGUCCCGGCGUCUACACACAGGUGGUCAAGUUUGCCAACUGGAUUAAUCAGCAGACCCGUGGUGAGGUCUGACUUAAUGCCAUCAAGGACAGGGAACACAACAAGACAUGUUUGGAGUGUCACAGAUUAAAAUGACUAAAAAAA